UCAUGGACACUCACAAAACCCACCCUUCCUCCGUCAGACCUCCUACCUGCCUCCCUUCUCUCCUCCUCCUCCUCCUCUUUCUCCUCCUCUUCUGUCCUGGGAUGCAAGUUGCUCCGCGGGGUUCAGUCCGGUUCGGUCAAGCAUGGCUUUCGCUCCAGGAUUCAUCCUCCAGCAGUCGGGUUCGCUCGGUUCCGGGGUGGUGAUCCGGACCGGAACCGUGGAGGAGGAAGUUUCUCGUCCGACCUCCGGGUCCGCAUUCGCUCCGUAUUGUCCGGCGUCUCGACUGGUGCCGCGGGUCUUCAUGGGUUCUAGUUUGGACCAAUCACCCGGAAUCAGACGGCCCCUCGAUUACCGCCACUUUGCAGGUCUGGGUGUGCACCACUACGGCGACGCCGCCUGCAGAAAAAACGCCACCCGCGAUGCCACGGCCACUCUGAAGGCGUGGCUCAACGAGCACUGCAAGAAUCCGUACCCCACCAAGGGUGAGAAGAUCAUGCUGGCCAUCGUGACCCGCAUGACUCUAACACAGGUGUCCACGUGGUUCGCCAACGCCCGCCGCAGACUCAAGAAGGAAAACAAGAUGACAUGGAACCCUAGGACACCCCGCAGUGAGGAUGACGACGACGUGGACCCAGAGAGGACUGAUGAAGAUGAGGAGCUUCCCCACCCAAAAACUCUCCCUCUUCUGGUCUCAGUGGGAAACCAAACCCUCAAAGGUUCUGCCAAACAGAAGUGUGAAGACUCGUUGCUGUCAAUCACCACGACGGGACUUUUGCAUCAAAACAAGGCCCCGCCUCCUAAACCCAAAUUGUGGUCGCUGGUGGAGGUCGCUACAUCUGCAGAAAAAAACAAGCCAUGCAAAUGGUCGGGGACCAGUAACCACGCCCCUUUAACCCUGGCGCCGCCACCGUUUCUUCUUCAUGAAACACCCUUCCCCCAUCAUCUCAAAUCCUCCCCCUAUGGUCUAUCGAGACCCCAAAAUACAAGACCAAGUUAGCGGGUGACCCAAGGUGGGGGAGAGAUGAAGCAGACCUGGAGGAGAGGAGUGGAGAGAAAAAUGGAGGAAGAUGAGAAGAAGAGUGAGGGGUGAGGAAUGCAUGGCUGAUAAAGACCCACACAGAGCCGUGCGGUGAAGUAAUAAGAAAGGUUGAGCGUGGAUCCAUCAGGAGGCAUAACUGUGAUCAUCUGUGAUUCACUUGUUCCUAAUAAAAUG